ACAAGAUAAAAGAGAAGGAAGAGAGAGAAAAUGUGAAAGAGAGAGAGAAAGGAGGCAGUGAAGAUUCCAACAGCUGAGAAAAAUAAAAACCACACCAUAAAAAAUAAAUAAAUAAACAACCAGAUCCCCACAACAAAAAAAAAAAAUAUAUAUACAUAUAAAACUUUAGACAACUCAAUCUUUAUAAAAACCCUUGAAUUCACCAUCACCCUUUCUCUCCCCUCUCCUGUUUUUCUAGUUAAAACUCAUAAUAUAUUUUUUUUUUAAUUUUUUGUUCGGGCAAGCUGUAAAUGAAGUAAGAAAAUAAGAAAACAAAACAAAAGAAACUAGUAAAUAGCCUUAGCCCUUAACGAGCAGGCAAAAAUAAUACACAAACUCUCACAUUCUCUCUACUUUCUCUCUCAUCUCCCCACCACCUCAUUCUUUCUUUCUUUCUUUCUUUGUUGUUCUCUCUCAUCUCAUAAUAUAUAUCAUUGAUAUAUAUGCUGGGGACCUCUAGUUUGAUAGGAACCACCGGUGACGGCGGAAGUUCAGCUCAUGAAAGUGGUGGUAGUGGUGGUGGAAGUGGUGAAGGUUUGAUGGGUUCGCAACCAAACAUCGUUGCGACCUCGGUUAUGACAGCUACUAUUGAUAGUGCUGUAUUAGGGGAUGAUGAUAAAAAUAGAAGUGGCGGUGAAUUAUUUGAAGGUGACCGGAGUACAGGAGGUAACCGGUGGCCUAGACAAGAAACACUUGCUUUGCUUAAGAUAAGGUCUGAUAUGGACGUUGUUUUCCGUGAUUCUUCCCUUAAAGGUCCCUUGUGGGAAGAAGUUUCCAGGAAAAUGGCGGAGCUUGGAUAUCAUCGAAGCGCGAAGAAAUGCAAAGAGAAGUUCGAAAAUGUGUAUAAAUACCACAAAAGAACGAAAGAUGGGCGAGUAGGGAAAUCAGAUGGUAAAACGUAUCGAUUUUUCGAUCAAUUAGAAGCACUUGAGCAGCACCAUUUGUCAAUGAGUAUGAUGACAACUUCAUCACUUCCACCUUUACCAUUAGCACAACCUUCGCCUCAAGCAACAGCAACACCACGUGGUCAAACGCAAGCAGCUGCGCAGGCAGCGGUGCCUGUCACAAUGGUAAUACCAGCUGGGACUAGUAUUAACCCAGCUAAUGUUACUGUUCCAUCAAGCCCUCAUCCUAUAAGUGUAGUUCACACCACUAGUAUUAAUCCGCCGCCUCAGCAUCAAUCAAUCAAUGUUAAUCCUGUAAAUCAGGAAUCACACCCGCCGCUGCAACAGCAUCCGUCACCGCAGGUAUUACAGCAUCAGCAUCAACAUCAGCAGCAGCAGCAGACAAUGGGGAUACCAACACACGGGUCGAUCCAGAUGGAGAAUCUGUCAUCCCCGUCUGCCACUCAGUCAUCGUCCUCAUCGACAUCGUCGGAUGAGGAGUUGAUGGGGAGGAGGAAGAGGAAGAGGAAAUGGAAGGAUUUCUUUGAGAGAUUGAUGAAAGAAGUGAUUGAUAAGCAGGAGGAGUUACAGAAGCGGUUUCUUGAAGCGGUUGAAAAGCGAGAGCAUGAUAGAGUGGUAAGGGAGGAAGCAUGGAAGAUGCAAGAGAUGAAUCGAUUGAAUCGAGAGCAUGAGAUUCUUGUGCAAGAAAGGUCUAUGGCUGCUGCUAAAGAUGCCGCUCUCAUUGCUUUUCUGCAAAAGCUUUCCGACCAACAGCAGAUUCCGCUACCCUCGCCCGUCCAAGACCAAGCCCAACCCCAACCUAAAGCCCAAGUACAAGCUGCCCAGGUUCGUACAGCUGCAACUGUCACUCCCAUAGCACAACCACAACCACAAGUACUGCAACAACCUCAAUCACAACCGCAACCACAACCACAACAGCAACCACAACAUCAACCACAACCACAAAUUAAUGUAUCUGAUAGUCCAAUAUCAUUACCAUCGCCAACCCAACCACAACCACAACCACAGCCGCUACCACAACCACAAUCACAACCAAUAACACAAUUGCCCCAGCAGCCGGCACCGCAGCUGCAACAGGCACUAGUGGUGUCGAGCAUCAAUAAUAAUGGGGGCAAUGUGGACCUGCAGAAGACGAAUAAUGGGGAUAAUCUCCUACAGGCUAGCUCGUCAAGGUGGCCAAAGGCGGAAGUCCAAGCAUUGAUCAAUCUGAGGACGAACCUAGAUCAAAAGUACCAAGAGAAUGGGCCUAAAGGACCGCUUUGGGAAGAGAUCUCCGCAGCCAUGCGAAAACAUGGAUACAAUAGGAACGCCAAAAGAUGCAAAGAAAAAUGGGAGAACAUCAACAAGUAUUUCAAGAAAGUCAAGGAGAGCAACAAAAAAAGGCCGGAGGAUUCCAAAACUUGUCCUUACUUCCAUCAAUUGGACGCCCUUUAUAGGGAGAGGAAUAAGAUGGAAAUCAACAGUAUUCCAACCAUUAACACAAGUACUACUCCAACUAUCACGGCCUACGGACAACCACAACACGAGACAUCAAUGGCACCGAUCAUUGCGCAACCGGAGCAACAAUGGCCACUCCAAAGCCACCCAGAGCAAGCAAUGGAGGAUCAAGGAAGUGAAAAUCAAGAUGAUAGUGAAGAUGAUGACAUGGAUGAAGAAGAUGAUGAUGAUCAAGGAAGUGGGUAUGAGAUUGUGGCUAAUAAUAAUGUUAAUGCAGGUUCAAUGACCACCACAACUACCUCUACAAGAACAGCUACAGCUGAAUGAGUGAAUGAAUCAAGUGCGUUAGAAAGCCAAAAAAUGAAAAAACGAAAAAGUUAAAAAUUAGACAGGUUGUUGGGAAGCAUGAAAAUAUGGGGAUUUUUUGAUAAUUUCUUUUGGGACUCAACAUUGGAUCAAGAGAGAGAAAAAAACAUACUAUAUGGUUAUGGGUGUUAGUGACACUUGAAUUGAUAAUCUUUAUCAAGUUAAUAUCCAAGUGGGUCAGAUAAUGAGAGAAGGAAGACAUCUACAGAAAGGGUUGGGUUGGAUUGGAUUGAAUUGAGCCGGAUCUGAACAGGUCAAGUCGAGUCGAGUCGGGCUAGAGCAAUUGGCGAAAGGCAAGACUCCGGAAUACUGUGUAAGCUAUUAUUUUUGGGGGACAGUAAAUUUUUUUAAAUUUCGUUGUUUAAAAUUUGAUAAUUUAUUUAUUGUUUUGCUAAAUAAAUAAAUGGAGAGGAGAGGGAAAAGAAUAGAGUGAUAGAUUGUUUGUUGGGGAUAAAAAAAAUGGGUAUAUGGGUAAACAGGAAUUUAAUGGAAUAAAGACACUAUGGAGAGUACUUGUUUUUCUUUUACUGUUAUUUCAAUUUUUGUUGAUUAAUUGGGGGGUGUAAAAAUGUGUAAUCUGGUUAAUUACUGGUGCGUCUUGUUGUUGUCAAAGAUAAGUUUGUUAUACACUAGUUUUUCAAUUUUUCACAUUCUAUUA